AUGGGAGGUCGGAACUGGCCGGUCCGUUCCGCACUCGUCUCCACACUUUUCAUAUGUUUUUGCUUCGCACAGGAACUACUUCCAAUCACUGAAGUAGAGCCGUUGGCCCAAGAUCUGCAAAUUCAAGAAUGGAUGCGAACAUUGCGACGCGUCAAGCGCGCUCCAACACGAAGCUCGCGACCGGAACCGGUUGUCGUCGGUCGCAACACGACCGGCAAAUGCGUGAUCUCCGCGGAUCGCGCAUCUCACUUUUGCGGCAUGGAAGAAGAAGUGUCUGCUCCGCCGAUUCCGCCGCCGGAUGAAGGAAAAUGUGUGAUCUCCAAGGCGUCUGGUCGCGAGAUUUGCUAUCCAUCUUACGGCCAACUCGACACCAGUUGUACCGAUGUCACCGGCAAAUCGACGAGCGCAUUGGUUGUACCGCCGGUCGUCCCGCACGCCACUGUUCGAGCGAUGGCAUUUGUGCCGCCAGACAAUCUCCGACGUCUCAUCAUUCAAUAUUAUCGCCAACAGGGAAAGCAUGCACCAAAAAAUCUCACAUUUUCACCAAAAUCAUUUCUAUUCGUCAAAUAUCAUUGCGACUACGGCUACGAGAUGAUCGACGAGGUCGACACGCUGUUCUGCCAGAAUAAACAAUGGGUGCUCACACGACCUGUCUGUAGGGGAGAGGGAUUGUGCGCCAACGACAACGGCGGAUGUAGUCACACGUGCACCUCGUUCAAGGAUGGCCGAAUGGAAUGCAAAUGCCCGCGCGGAAUGAUUCUCGACACGGACAACAAGACCUGCAUGAAGCCCGUGCCGAAGCAUCUUUGCCGAUCGCUGGCCGGAUGCACAUGUAACGCCAUCACAGAAACGCAAUUCUCAUGCACAUGCGCCAAUAAGCAGAAAUGUCUACUUCUCGCCGGAGCUCCCAAACUUUAUGUUGAGCCUCAAGGACCGUAUGAAGUUGCGCCUGGUGGCAACAUCAAUAUCACUUGUUCUACAGUAGCCUACCCGUUCCCAGAUAUUUAUUGGACCAAAAAUGGCGAGGUUGUUUCGGGAAGCGCUGCUAACAAAGGAGUCGUGAAAAGCGAUCAGAUUCUCAUUAUCAAAGAGCUCUACCGAAACGAGGAGUUCACAUGCCACGCCAACAACAGCAACGGACAAGCCGAACGAACCGUUUCGAUCGUCAUCACCGGUCCCGGAUCGCCGCCGGUCCUCAAGUCCGCCUCAUCGGGACGCUCGUCGAUAUCCGUUCGAUGGGAUCCGCCGGUGAUCAUCAAUCGUCCGAUCACCACCUACACCGUUUACUACACCAAUAAUCCAUCACAGCCAAUCAAAAACUGGAAGAAAAUCAAAGUGAAAGAGCCGACACGGGAAGUGACAAUUCAAGAAUUGCGACCAGACACGGGUUAUUUUAUUAGAGUACGUGCGAAUGACCAACUCGGUUCGGGUAAGCUAGGAAAUCAAGUGCAAAUCCGAACGCUCAAACCGGCCGUUCGACCUUACGUUUCGAUUGUCGAAGGCGACGAGCUUCGAGUUCCACCGAUGAAGCCGUUCGAGAUCUCAUGCAAUGUGACCAAGGCCGAUCCAGUGCCGAGUCUCACCUGGGUUCACAAAGGGCGGCCAUUGAAUAAGGGCGAGAAGUCGGUGCAUAUGCGAAUGCAGAAUGGUGGAGUUCUCGAGAACACGGUGUUCUCAUGCGUUGCCGAAAAUGAGGCUGGAAAAUCCGCCAAGAAAAUCAACAUCACAGUUACUGGACCAAGUGCGCCGGAAAGAAUUCGCUAUCAGAUUGAUGGCGACAAGGUGACACUUCAAUGGGAACAACCGCAGAUCACCAAUGGUCCGAUGGCUGGCUAUGACGUCCUUUACACCGACGAUCCAUCGCUGCCAAGAGAUCAGUGGCAAGUUCUUCAUAUCGACGAUCCGAACGCAAGAACCACAACAGUUCCGAGGCUCAACGAAAAAACUCCAUACACCUUCGUGAUCCUUGGAAGGAAUCGCCUUGGACCAGGUCUGCCGAGCUCACCGUUCACAGCCACCACCUGGCUUGCUGCCAAGCCGCCUGUCGUGCAAGUCGUUCCAGAGGAAGGAAUCAGGAAACCACCGAGCAAUGAUGAGAUGAUCAUUGAAUGCGGUGCUCAAGGUGUUCCAAAGCCAAAGAUCAUUUGGCUCUGGAGUGGAAGUCUGAUUGAAGACGGCAAAGACGAGUUCAGAAUUUACGACACCACUCCUGUUGAUGCACAAGAUCGAACUCGAAGCAAGCUUAUUGCUCAAAGUACCUCAAGAAGCGGUGUAGCCACGUGUCAGGCAAUCAAUACCGAAGGAUCCGACGAGAAGAAGGUGCCAGUGACCAUUCUCGGGCCAGGAAGUCCGCCAUUGGCUAUCACGCCAACACCGAUGCAUACUGGAUUCGACGUUGCCUGGCAACCGCCAAAGAUCACGAAUGGAAGAAUCACCAGCUAUGUCGUCUACUAUUCGAAGGAUCCCGACAGUCCACUUUCCGAAUGGCAAUCGAAGACAGUUCCAGCUGACACCAGAAAUUUGACUGUCACAGUUGACGAUGAAGAUACGCCAUACGUUGUCAAGGUCCAGGCAAAUACCGAUGACGGGCCCGGAAUCAUUUCGGAAGCUUACGAAGUCACUACCGGAAGAAAACAGGUUCCACUUUCCGUACGAUUGGAAGUCACUGAUCCGGUCAUUGCGCCAUCGACACAAGAAACCGAAGUCGAGCCGACACAGCCAAUUCAUUUCCGAUGUGUCGCCGAUGGCCGGCCGAUGCCAAGCGUUUCCUAUUCAUGGCUUCCGAUCAAUGCGUCCGAAAGCGGCGACGAGCCGGUACCAAUUCCAAUCAAUCCCGAUGAGAAUCAACCGCAUCACUACAAUUCGAUUCAAGUCUAUUCGACAACGGCGACGAAGAGAAUUCUGUUGUGUCAGGCGAGGAACUCUGACGGAACUGUCGAAGAUCGUCACGUGUUCAUCGUCAAUAAACCUGGAAGCGCACCGCAAAACGUUGAAGUCAUCGUCGAUCCAGAUAAUCGCGUCACGAUCACCUGGCAACCGCCAAAACAUCCAAACGGAGAUAUCCAGAAGUACAAUGUUUAUAUCACCGGUGAUCCAUCACUACCUGUCGAUCAGUGGCAAAUGUUCCCUGUGGAUCAAAUCGAUGAUCCGAAACUCACCCUUGAACGCGGUUCACUUCAACCGGAAACCCCAUACUACGUCAAGAUCGCCGCGGUGAAUCCGUAUGGCGAGGGAAUUCACACGGAUCCGAAGCAUUUCGACACUGUCAGCGGAGCUCCGCUCGAUUCGCCGAAGGACAUCCUUCCAACAGUUUCCAUCGACAACACGGUGAAUCUCACAUGGUCGCCACCGAGUCAACCACUUGGACCAAUCAAGAGCUACACCAUCUACUAUGCGCCGGAUUAUGACGACUCUGAUCACAAAACGUGGCAGCGAGUCACCGUUGAUGCUAAGGGCGGCGAUGAUCAUGGCGUGAUCACUUUGCCGAAAGAGCGAUUCCAACCGAAUACCCCAUAUAAGGUCAGAAUAUCAGCAACCAAUGAUUUGUCGGAAGGACCUCCAUCGGAUUUGGCGCACUUCGAGACUGGCAGUGGCGAGAUUCCGCCAACCAUCAAAUUGGAUCCGAACAAUUCCACAUAUUACGUUGAGCCGCUCGGCGCCGUGACAAUCAUGUGUACAGCUACAGGUGUUCCUCAACCAGCGGUUCAAUGGAUCAAAGAAAAUGGCGAGAUCAUCGAGAGCUCGAGUCUUGUGCUCUAUGACGUUGCCAAGGAUACUAGUGCAACUUGUACCGCUUCCAACAAUGCUGGUAAAACUCAAGAAGUCGUUCAAGUGCUCGUCACAGGACCUGGAAGUGCACCAAACGAGAUCGUCUUGCUCCCAAUGCCAAAUCAAGAGGUCAAUGUCGAAUGGACAACUCCCGAUGAUGUGAACGGCCAAAUUACUAACUACGUCAUUCACUAUGGAGAAAUCCCUGAAAACGGUACGGAACCGACCACAUGGAACCAGGUCACUAUUGAUCGUGGUGAGGUGAAUCACAAAUUGGCCAAUCUUGAGCCUAAGAAGAAGUUCGCUGUAAAGAUCCAAGCUGUCAGCGAUAGAGGUCCAGGAGUUGUAUCGGCUCCACAAGUCAUUACCACUCUUCCAAAGGCUCCGGAGUCGGUUAAGGACGUUGAUGUUCAAGUACAACCGAACAACACCGUGUCGAUAACCUUCACCCCGCCCGUCGAUCCUGAAAAUCCCGAAAAGCGCAUCAGAGAGUUUGUGAUUCAGUAUACCGACGAAGAAGAUCCAACAGAAGACACCGAAUGGAAGGAACUCAAGUUUAGCGAUCCGAACGAUUCUGAUGACGUCACUGCGGUCAACAUCGAUGGAGAGAACUUUAAUCCUGAUACCAAAUACAAUAUGCGAAUCAUUGCCAGAGGAGAAAUCGAUUCUCAGCCGUCCGAGAUUAGUCCGUUCGAAACCGGUGAUGGAGUCAUUGCACCUAGUAAACCAACAUUCAAUGUCGAAACGGAGGACGGAGUGAUCCGAGUUCCGGCUGGUACAGACUAUGUAAUCACAUGCAGUUCAGAAGGAUUCCCAGCACCAGAUGUCAGAUGGGUCGAUUCGCAAGGAGUUCAAAUCUCUGAUGGUCCUGUUCUCAAGAUCAUCGAUAUUCGGAGAACAUUGAACGCCAAAUGCCUCGCAGAGAAUCGUGGUGGGCUCAAAGAGACUGAUUUGAAAGUGUUCGUUGCCGGACCGGGAACGUCGCCGGAGAAUAUUGUGCUGAACGCGAACAAGCCAGCUACAAUCACCGUCACUUAUGAUAUGCCAUCGAUCACCAAUGGAAACAUCACCAAGUACAUCAUCUACUACACUCCUUUGGAUGAUCAGGAUCCAGCGCAUCAGCUUGGUCAAGUUCAAACCAAACCAAUAAACGAGUGGCAAAAUGUGCACGACGUAAACGAUGUUGAUGGCCCCCGAAGGGUAGAUAUAACUGAUUUCAUCAAUACCGAUACCGCUUAUGCUAUUGUGGUUCAAGCAAUAAAUGACGAUGGUCCAGGUCCGUAUUCCAACCAAUACACUAUUCGCACCAUGUCGAAGGCUAGAGAAGGACCUCCAGUCGAUCUUCGUGUCGAGCCAGAUGGUCAACGAUCAGCAAUUGUUCAUUGGAAGGAGCCGGUAACAUCGGACGAGAAGCCGAUAGCCUACGAAAUCUACUAUGUUCCCGGAGACAAGAAAGUCGAAGAGGAUGAUUCUGCAGGAUUAAGCGACUGGAUUAAAAUCUCGAUUGAUGAUCCAAGCAAGUUGAGCUACAAAAUCCAGAAUCUUCUUCUUCCCGACACUGACUACGUGUUCAAGAUGAGAGCAAUUUAUCAAGAUGGUCCGAGCGUCUUCUCAGAGCCUUGCAUCAUGAAAACGCUGCCAGACGGCAACGCGCCUUACAUUCAAGUGUCCACUGGCGAUAAUGGUGUUGAUGGAAGCUCGACGAUCGAAAUUCUUCCGGGAUCACAAAUGACAGUUGCUUGCAAUGCCACCGGUAUUCCGCAGCCUCAAGUCAAAUGGAUAAAGGGCGGAAACUACGAGAUCGAUCCAAGCCGAGUCGACGCUGAUGGAAACCAUGCUCAAUUCUCACUCCAAGUUGCGAACAUCACCGAAGACACUACUUUCAACUGCGUCGCACAAAAUCCGUUGGGUCAAGCAAACUGGACAAUUCAUGUGAACCUUAUUGAAAAUCUUGAUCCAAAUUGGCGAGACGACUUCGUUGUGUCGAAGCCCGAUGGCGGUCAGAUCGUUUUAGUCUUCCAAGAUGAUUUGCCAGAUUACUUAAGAUCUCCAAAUGACUGGACCAUUCUCUAUACAGACGAUCCAGAACUUCCAAAAGACCAAUGGGAGCAGAUUCCAUCAGGCGGAGCUCCACUCACCCGCGUUGAAGCUCCCAACAUGAAUCCAGGAACAUAUUACUAUCUUGUUGUCGACAAUCCAGACAAGGGAAUCCAAACGCCGACUCUGAUAGUGAUGACGCCAAAGCCACCAAGCGAUAUCCGAUUCGGUGUCAACAAUGACGAUGAACAAAUCAUUGACUUCAAACCAGCAAUUACUUCUGAACCCAUUAAAGAAUAUACAAUUAGCGUUUGGAAGUCGGAUGAUCCAAGUGUCGUGAAAAAGUUUACGACUCCAGUCGACGUUACAACGGGUGUAGUUGUCGAUGGUCUCGAGCCAGACACCGAGUACAACGUGCAAGUCGCCGCCGAAUUCCUCGAAGGUCAAGAUCUUCCGAGUGAACCGAUCAUCAUCAAAACACCGCCACGUGACGUUUCGUGUGAAUGUGAUCACGCAUGCACUUUUGAGAUCAACGACGAUGACAAACUCAUUCCAAAGUGCUAUUGUCACGAGGGAUUCGUUUUGGCAAGCGAUGGCAAAACGUGCGAACGCGACACUGACACCGCCACGUCGCAAAACAUCUUGCAAGUUACACCGCCCUCAAUCACAACCAAAGAGCCUCAAGAACUCUCAACCGCCAAACCGCGUCAAGCAGUUGUCGGACCAGACGGCAAGCCACUAUUCAAGAACAAGCACGGCAAAGAGGUCGACAGCUCCGGAAAAAUCAUCAAGUUCGACGAUGAUGGAAAACCGGUGGCGCCAAGCGGUGUUCAACUCGACCAGAACGAUAAGGGAGAAUGGAUCUAUCCAUUGGUUGAUAGAUCCGGAAACGUGCUGCCUCUGGAUGAUGAGAAUCAGCCGAUUAUCACUGUUGUCGAUAAAGACGGAAAUCCAAUGACGAAAGAUGACGAGGGCAAAUGGGUCGACCUAAAUGGAAAUGAAAUCAAUUCCGAUGCUCUCGGAAGACCGCUUGAUGAAAGCGGAAAUCCGUAUCUCGUCGACGACCAAGGAAGAUUUGUAGUUCAAGACAUUGAUGGUGCCAUAGAAGAGGAUUAUGAUGAGGAUGAUGGUCAGAGUUUCAUUCCACUGGUAAUUGUCGAUGGCGAUCCAAUCACUGAAGAUAAUGAUGGAACAUUCCGAGAUGCUGAUGGCAAUGAAAUCAAGACGAAUGAAAAGGGUGAGCCAAUCGAUAAUCAAGGAAAACCGCUCCCCAAGAACAAAGAAGGAAAGUUUGUGAUGCCAAAAGCAGUAUCCGCCACAACGCCAACAGUUGUUGACAUCCAUGGCUCACAACUGCCUACCGACGAUUCUGGAGCGAUAAUCGGACACGACGGUUUUCCUCUACCGACUGAUUCCAGUGGAAACCCACUUAAUAUUGAUGGGUCGUCAUUGCCAAGAGAUUCCGAAGGAAGAUUCGUUUUCCCGACUCCUGAAACGGAACAAAGCAUUUUCCCUACAGACGAAACCGGAAAAAUCAUUCGUCCCAUUAAGCUUCCCGAUGGCACGCUUUUGGCAACUGAUUCAAGCCGAAACUAUAUCAACACAGUCGGUGAUAUUGUUCAAAUUGACGACGAAGGAAAUCCAAUGGAUCCGGAUGGACGAAUACUGCCAACCGACAAUACCGAUUCAUACGUGUAUCCAUUCAUUGACAAAAACGGACAAGUAUUGCCAACAGAUGCCAGCGGAAGACCCAUCUAUCUCGUCGUUGACGCGGACGGAAAACAACUUGCCACUGACUCCACUGGUGCAAUUAUAACUGCUGAUGGACAGACUCUCAGCACAGAUUCUAGCGGCAAACCAGUUAAUCAAGAUGGUUCACCACUUCCGACUGAUUCAUCCGGCAAUUUCCUCAUUCUUCCAAAGAACGAUGAAACCAGAGAAGUGACGUUACCAACAGAUGAAGCUGGGAAUAUUAUAUAUCCGAUAAUGAAACCUGACGGAACCCCACUCGCCACUGACUCCUCUGGAAACUUCAUCACUGAUGACGGAACCAUCGUGGAGAAGAACGAAGACAAUCAACCAAUCGGACCAGACGGCCAAGUUCUUCCAACGGAUGCUUCUGGAAACUACAUCUACCCACAUGUUGGUGCUGAUGGUCAAGUUCUUCCAACUGACGGAUCUGGCAAGCCAAUCUACCCAGUUGUGAGCCCAGACGGAACUGAACUUCCAACUGACUCAUCUGGAGCAUAUAUCGGACCAGACGGACGACCAAUUCCAACAGAUUCGAGCGGCAAGCCAGUCAGCGAAGACGGAUCUCCGCUUCCAACUGUCUCAAAAGGCAACUACGUUCUCGUUCCAGCUGGAGAAGAAGGAGUCACCAAGGUGCUUCCAACUGAUGAAUCUGGAAAUGUCAUCUACCCAAUCACCAAGCCCGACGGAACACCACUCGCCACUGACUCCUCUGGAAACUACAUCACUGAUGACGGAACCAUCGUGGAGAAGAACGAAGACAAUAAACCAAUCGGACCAGACGGCCUAGUUCUGCCAACGGAUGCUUCUGGAAACUACAUCUACCCACAUGUUGGUGCUGAUGGUCAAGUUCUUCCAACUGACGGAUCUGGCAAGCCAAUCUACCCAGUUGUGAGCCCAGACGGAACUGAACUUCCAACUGACUCAUCUGGAGCCUACAUCGGACCAGACGGACGACCAAUUCCAACAGAUUCGAGCGGCAAGCCAAUCAGCGAAGACGGAUCUCCGCUUCCAACUGACUCAAAAGGCAACUACGUUCUCGUUCCAGCUGGAGAAGAAGGAGUCACCAAGGUGCUUCCAACUGAUGAAUCUGGAAAUGUCAUCUACCCAAUCACCAAGCCCGACGGAACACCACUCGCCACUGACUCCUCUGGAAAUUUCAUCACUGAUGACGGAACCAUCGUGGAGAAGAACGAAGACAAUCAACCAAUCGGACCAGACGGCCAAGUUCUGCCAACGGAUGCUUCUGGAAACUACAUCUACCCACAUGUUGGUGCUGAUGGUCAAGUUCUUCCAACUGACGGAUCUGGCAAGCCAAUCUACCCAGUUGUGAGCCCAGACGGAACUGAACUUCCAACUGACUCAUCUGGAGCAUACAUCGGACCAGACGGACGGCCAAUUCCAACAGAUUCGAGCGGCAAGCCAAUCAGCGAAGACGGAUCUCCGCUUCCAACUGACUCAAAAGGCAACUACGUUCUCGUUCCAGCUGGAGAAGAAGGAGUCACCAAGGUGCUUCCAACUGAUGAAUCUGGAAAUGUCAUCUACCCAAUCACCAAGCCCGACGGAACACCACUCGCCACUGACUCCUCUGGAAAUUUCAUCACUGAUGACGGAACCAUCGUGGAGAAGAACGAAGACAAUCAACCAAUCGGACCAGACGGCCAAGUUCUGCCAACGGAUGCUUCUGGAAACUACAUCUACCCACAUGUUGGUGCUGAUGGUCAAGUUCUUCCAACUGACGGAUCUGGCAAGCCAAUCUACCCAGUUGUGAGCCCAGACGGAACUGAACUUCCAACUGACUCAUCUGGAGCAUACAUCGGACCAGACGGACGGCCAAUUCCAACAGAUUCGAGCGGCAAGCCAAUCAGCGAAGACGGAUCUCCACUUCCAACUGACUCAAAGGGCAACUACGUUCUCGUUCUAGCUGGAGAAGAAGAAGUCACCAAGGUGCUUCCAACUGAUGAAUCUGGAAAUGUCAUCUACCCAAUCACCAAGCCCGACGGAACACCACUCGCCACUGACUCCUCUGGAAACUUCAUCACUGAUGACGGAACCAUCGUGGAGAAGAACGAAGACAAUCAACCAAUCGGACCAGACGGCCAAGUUCUGCCAACGGAUGCUUCUGGAAACUACAUCUACCCACAUGUUGGUGCUGAUGGUCAAGUUCUUCCAACUGACGGAUCUGGCAAGCCAAUCUACCCAGUUGUGAGCCCAGACGGAACUGAACUUCCAACUGACUCAUCUGGAGCAUACAUCGGACCAGACGGACGGCCAAUUCCAACAGAUUCGAGCGGCAAGCCAAUCAGCGAAGACGGAUCUCCACUUCCAACUGACUCAAAGGGCAACUACGUUCUUGUUCUAGCUGGAGAAGAAGGAGUCACCAAGGUGCUUCCAACUGAUGAAUCUGGAAAUGUCAUCUACCCAAUCACCAAGCCCGACGGAACACCACUCGCCACUGACUCCUCUGGAAACUUCAUCACUGAUGACGGAACCAUCGUGGAGAAGAACGAAGACAAUCAACCAAUCGGACCAGACGGCCAAGUUCUGCCAACGGAUGCUUCUGGAAACUACAUCUACCCACAUGUUGGUGCUGAUGGUCAAGUUCUUCCAACUGACGGAUCUGGCAAGCCAAUCUACCCAGUUGUGAGCCCAGACGGAACUGAACUUCCAACUGACUCAUCUGGAGCAUACAUCGGACCAGACGGACGGCCAAUUCCAACAGAUUCGAGCGGCAAGCCAAUCAGCGAAGACGGAUCUCCACUUCCAACUGACUCAAAGGGCAACUACGUUCUCGUUCUAGCUGGAGAAGAAGAAGUCACCAAGGUGCUUCCAACUGAUGAAUCUGGAAAUGUCAUCUACCCAAUCACCAAGCCCGACGGAACACCACUCGCCACUGACUCCUCUGGAAACUUCAUCACUGAUGACGGAACCAUCGUGGAGAAGAACGAAGACAAUCAACCAAUCGGACCAGACGGCCAAGUUCUGCCAACGGAUGCUUCUGGAAACUACAUCUACCCACAUGUUGGUGCUGAUGGUCAAGUUCUUCCAACUGACGGAUCUGGCAAGCCAAUCUACCCAGUUGUGAGCCCAGACGGAACUGAACUUCCAACUGACUCAUCUGGAGCAUACAUCGGACCAGACGGACGGCCAAUUCCAACAGAUUCGAGCGGCAAGCCAAUCAGCGAAGACGGAUCUCCACUUCCAACUGACUCAAAGGGCAACUACGUUCUCGUUCCAGCUGGAGAAGAAGGAGUCACCAAGGUGCUUCCAACUGAUGAAUCUGGAAAUGUCAUCUACCCAAUCACCAAGCCCGACGGAACACCACUCGCCACUGACUCCUCUGGAAACUUCAUCACUGAUGACGGAACCAUCGUGGAGAAGAACGAAGACAAUCAACCAAUCGGACCAGACGGCCAAGUUCUGCCAACGGAUGCUUCUGGAAACUACAUCUACCCACAUGUUGGUGCUGAUGGUCAAGUUCUUCCAACUGACGGAUCUGGCAAGCCAAUCUACCCAGUUGUGAGCCCAGACGGAACUGAACUUCCAACUGACUCAUCUGGAGCAUACAUCGGACCAGACGGACGGCCAAUUCCAACAGAUUCGAGCGGCAAGCCAAUCAGCGAAGACGGAUCUCCACUUCCAACUGACUCAAAGGGCAACUACGUUCUCGUUCCAGCUGGAGAAGAAGGAGUCACCAAGGUGCUUCCAACUGAUGAAUCUGGAAAUGUCAUCUACCCAAUCACCAAGCCCGACGGAACACCACUCGCCACUGACUCCUCUGGAAACUUCAUCACUGAUGACGGAACCAUCGUGGAGAAGAACGAAGACAAUCAACCAAUCGGACCAGACGGCCAAGUUCUGCCAACGGAUGCUUCUGGAAACUACAUCUACCCACAUGUUGGUGCUGAUGGUCAAGUUCUUCCAACUGACGGAUCUGGCAAGCCAAUCUACCCAGUUGUGAGCCCAGACGGAACUGAACUUCCAACUGACUCAUCUGGAGCAUACAUCGGACCAGACGGACGACCAAUUCCAACAGAUUCGAGCGGCAAGCCAAUCAGCGAAGACGGAUCUCCACUUCCAACUGACUCAAAGGGCAACUACGUUCUCGUUCCAGCUGGAGAAGAAGGAGUCACCAAGGUGCUUCCAACUGAUGAAUCUGGAAAUGUCAUCUACCCAAUCACCAAGCCCGACGGAACACCACUCGCCACUGACUCCUCUGGAAACUUCAUCACUGAUGACGGAACCAUCGUGGAGAAGAACGAAGACAAUCAACCAAUCGGACCAGACGGCCAAGUUCUGCCAACGGAUGCUUCUGGAAACUACAUCUACCCACAUGUUGGUGCUGAUGGUCAAGUUCUUCCAACUGACGGAUCUGGCAAGCCAAUCUACCCAGUUGUGAGCCCAGACGGAACUGAACUUCCAACUGACUCAUCUGGAGCAUACAUCGGACCAGACGGACGACCAAUUCCGACAGAUUCGAGCGGCAAGCCAAUCAGCGAAGACGGAUCUCCACUUCCAACUGACUCAAAGGGCAACUACGUUCUCGUUCCAGCUGGAGAAGAAGGAGUCACCAAGGUGCUUCCAACUGAUGAAUCUGGAAAUGUCAUCUACCCAAUCACCAAGCCCGACGGAACACCACUCGCCACUGACUCCUCUGGAAACUUCAUCACUGAUGACGGAACCAUCGUGGAGAAGAACGAAGACAAUCAACCAAUCGGACCAGACGGCCAAGUUCUGCCAACGGAUGCUUCUGGAAACUACAUCUACCCACAUGUUGGUGCUGAUGGUCAAGUUCUUCCAACUGACGGAUCUGGCAAGCCAAUCUACCCAGUUGUGAGCCCAGACGGAACUGAACUUCCAACUGACUCAUCUGGAGCAUACAUCGGACCAGACGGACGGCCAAUUCCAACAGAUUCGAGCGGCAAGCCAAUCAGCGAAGACGGAUCUCCACUUCCAACUGACUCAAAGGGCAACUACGUUCUCGUUCCAGCUGGAGAAGAAGGAGUCACCAAGGUGCUUCCAACUGAUGAAUCUGGAAAUGUCAUCUACCCAAUCACCAAGCCCGACGGAACACCACUCGCCACUGACUCCUCUGGAAACUUCAUCACUGAUGACGGAACCAUCGUGGAGAAGAACGAAGACAAUCAACCAAUCGGACCAGACGGCCAAGUUCUGCCAACGGAUGCUUCUGGAAACUACAUCUACCCACAUGUUGGUGCUGAUGGUCAAGUUCUUCCAACUGACGGAUCUGGCAAGCCAAUCUACCCAGUUGUGAGCCCAGACGGAACUGAACUUCCAACUGACUCAUCUGGAGCAUACAUCGGACCAGACGGACGACCAAUUCCGACAGAUUCGAGCGGCAAGCCAAUCAGCGAAGACGGAUCUCCACUUCCAACUGACUCAAAGGGCAACUACGUUCUCGUUCCAGCUGGAGAAGAAGGAGUCACCAAGGUGCUUCCAACUGAUGAAUCUGGAAAUGUCAUCUACCCAAUCACCAAGCCCGACGGAACACCACUCGCCACUGACUCCUCUGGAAACUUCAUCACUGAUGACGGAACCAUCGUGGAGAAGAACGAAGACAAUCAACCAAUCGGACCAGAGCCUCUUAAAAAGAACGAAGACAAUCAACCAAUCGGACCAGACGGCCAAGUUCUGCCAACGGAUGCUUCUGGAAACUACAUCUACCCACAUGUUGGUGCUGAUGGUCAAGUUCUUCCAACUGACGAAUCUGGCAAGCCAAUCUACCCAGUUGUGAGCCCAGAUGGAACUGAACUUCCAACUGACUCAUCUGGAGCAUACAUCGGACCAGACGGACGACCAAUUCCAACAGAUUCGAGCGGCAAGCCAGUCAGCGAAGACGGAUCUCCACUUCCAACGGACUCAAAGGGCAAUUACGUUCUCGUUCCAGCUGGAGAAGAAGGAGUCACCAAGGUGCUUCCGACUGAUGAAUCUGGAAAUGUCAUCUACCCAAUCACCAAGCCCGACGGAACACCACUCGCCACUGACUCUUCUGGAAACUUCAUCACUGAUGACGGAACCAUCGUGGAGAAGAACGAAGACAAUCAACCAAUCGGACCAGACGGCCAAGUUCUGCCAACGGAUGCUUCUGGAAACUACAUCUACCCACAUGUUGGUGCUGAUGGUCAAGUUCUUCCAACUGACGGAUCUGGCAAGCCAAUCUACCCAGUUGUGAGCCCAGACGGAACUGAACUUCCAACUGACUCAUCUGGAGCAUACAUCGGACCAGACGGACGACCAAUUCCAACAGAUUCGAGCGGCAAGCCAAUCAGCGAAGACGGAUCUCCACUUCCAACUGACUCAAAGGGCAACUACGUAGUUUUGCCAACCGCUUCCAUAGAUGAAAUAAUACGUAGCCCGGAAGAACCAAACUGUGAUAGCGUUGGCGGAAAGAUCAACACUUUACUGAUCGUUGUCGAAGCAUCACAUGCCGCUGAACCGUACUUGGAAAAAGUUAAACGCGUUCUAAAAGAUUUCCUUUUGAAAACACCAAAAGAUUAUCUUCCGGAAAUAGGAAAAAUUAUCUACAGUGCAACUGCUGAAGUAACUAUCGAUAUUGGAAGUUACUCUGGUUUUAAUGAAUUAUACCGUUCAAUGGACGAAAUACGUGAAAUCGGCGGAAUCCCAGAUGCACCAAACGCUCUAAAAACUGCAGAGAUGAUAUUGAAAGAAACGGAUCGUGGAAACACAGUAGUUCUUCAUUUUGUUGCAUCUCCAAUGAGAAAAAAUAGCCAAGAAGUCAUAGAACGCAUCCGCCAAGCUCCAAACACACGUCUAAUUCAUAUUGAUUUGAACAAAUGGGACAAUGAGCCAGAACGGGCAGAAAUGAUUCGCAGUUAUGUCUGCGUUCCACCUGAGGUGCCUGCACCAUCCGUAAUGCCAACAGAUUCGGACGGAAACUUUAUAGAAAAUAUAGAGUCUGAAGACGAAACUAGUAUUAUACCACCGACUGACGAAUCUGGAAAUGUCAUCUACCCAAUCACCAAGCCCGACGGAACACCACUCGCCACUGACUCCUCUGGAAACUUCAUCACUGAUGACGGAACCAUCGUGGAGAAGAACGAAGACAAUCAACCAAUCGGACCAGACGGCCAAGUUCUGCCAACGGAUGCUUCUGGAAACUACAUCUACCCGCAUGUUGGUGCUGAUGGUCAAGUUCUUCCAACCGACGGAUCUGGCAAGCCAAUCUACCCAGUUGUGAGCCCAGACGGAACUGAACUUCCAACUGACUCAUCUGGAGCAUACAUCGGACCAGACGGACGACCUAUUCCAACAGAUUCGAGCGGCAAGCCAGUCAGCGAAGACGGAUCUCCACUUCCAACUGACUCAAAGGGCAACUACGUUCUCGUUCCAGCUGGAGAAGAAGGAGUCACCAAGGUGCUUCCAACUGAUGAAUCUGGAAAUGUCAUCUACCCAAUCACCAAGCCCGACGGAUCCCCACUCGCCACUGACUCGUCUGGAAACUUCAUCACUGAUGACGGAACCAUCGUGGAGAAGAACGAAGACAAUCAACCAAUCGGACCAGACGGCCAAGUUCUGCCAACGGAUGAUUCUGGAAACUACAUCUACCCACACGUUGGUGCUGAUGGUCAAGUUCUUCCAACUGACGGAUCUGGCAAGCCAAUCUACCCAGUUGUGAGCCCAGACGGAACUGAACUUCCAACUGACUCAUCUGGAGCAUACAUCGGACCAGACGGACGACCAAUUCCAACAGAUUCGAGCGGCAAGCCAAUCAGCGAAGACGGAUCUCCACUUCCAACUGACUCAAAGGGCAACUACGUUCUCGUUCCAGCUGGAGAAGAAGGAGUCACCAAAGUGCUUCCAACUGAUGAAUCUGGUAAUGUCAUCUACCCAAUCACCAAGCCCGACGGAUCCCCACUCGCCACUGACUCGUCUGGAAACUUCAUCACUGAUGACGGAACCAUCGUGGAGAAGAACGAAGACAAUCAACCAAUCGGACCAGACGGCCAAGUUCUGCCAACGGAUGAUUCUGGAAACUACAUCUACCCACACGUUGGUGCUGAUGGUCAAGUUCUUCCAACUGACGGAUCUGGCAAGCCAAUCUACCCAGUUGUGAGCCCAGACGGAACUGAACUUCCAACUGACUCAUCUGGAGCAUACAUCGGACCAGACGGACGACCAAUUCCAACAGAUUCGAGCGGCAAGCCAGUCAGCGAAGACGGAUCUCCGCUUCCAACUGACUCAAAGGGCAACUACGUUCUCGUUCCAGCUGGAGAAGAAGGAGUCACCAAGGUGCUUCCAACUGAUGAAUCUGGAAAUGUCAUCUACCCAAUCACCAAGCCCGACGGAUCCCCACUCGCCACUGACUCGUCUGGAAACUUCAUCACUGAUGACGGAACCAUCGUGGAGAAGAACGAAGACAAUCAACCAAUCGGACCAGACGGCCAAGUUCUGCCAACGGAUGAUUCUGGAAACUACAUCUACCCACACGUUGGUGCUGAUGGUCAAGUUCUUCCAACUGACGGAUCUGGCAAGCCAAUCUACCCAGUUGUGAGCCCAGACGGAACUGAACUUCCAACUGACUCAUCUGGAGCAUACAUCGGACCAGACGGACGACCAAUUCCAACAGAUUCGAGCGGCAAGCCAAUCAGCGAAGACGGAUCUCCACUUCCAACUGACUCAAAGGGCAACUACGUUCUCGUUCCAGCUGGAGAAGAAGGAGUCACCAAAGUGCUUCCAACUGAUGAAUCUGGUAAUGUCAUCUACCCAAUCACCAAGCCCGACGGAUCCCCACUCGCCACUGACUCGUCUGGAAACUUCAUCACUGAUGACGGAACCAUCGUGGAGAAGAACGAAGACAAUCAACCAAUCGGACCAGACGGCCAAGUUCUGCCAACGGAUGAUUCUGGAAACUACAUCUACCCACACGUUGGUGCUGAUGGUCAAGUUCUUCCAACUGACGGAUCUGGCAAGCCAAUCUACCCAGUUGUGAGCCCAGACGGAACUGAACUUCCAACUGACUCAUCUGGAGCAUACAUCGGACCAGACGGACGACCAAUUCCAACAGAUUCGAGCGGCAAGCCAAUCAGCGAAGACGGAUCUCCACUUCCAACUGACUCAAAGGGCAACUACGUUCUCGUUCCAGCUGGAGAAGAAGGAGUCACCAAAGUGCUUCCAACUGAUGAAUCUGGUAAUGUCAUCUACCCAAUCACCAAGCCCGACGGAUCCCCACUCGCCACUGACUCGUCUGGAAACUUCAUCACUGAUGACGGAACCAUCGUGGAGAAGAACGAAGACAAUCAACCAAUCGGACCAGACGGCCAAGUUCUGCCAACGGAUGAUUCUGGAAACUACAUCUACCCACACGUUGGUGCUGAUGGUCAUGUUCUUCCAACUGACGGAUCUGGCAAGCCAAUCUACCCAGUUGUGAGCCCAGACGGAACUGAACUUCCAACUGACUCAUCUGGAGCAUACAUCGGACCAGACGGACGACCAAUUCCAACAGAUUCGAGCGGCAAGCCAAUCAGCGAAGACGGAUCUCCACUUCCAACUGACUCAAAGGGCAACUACGUUCUCGUUCCAGCUGGAGAAGAAGGAGUCACCAAAGUGCUUCCAACUGAUGAAUCUGGAAAUGUCAUCUACCCAAUCACCAAGCCCGACGGAUCCCCACUCGCCACUGACUCGUCUGGAAACUUCAUCACUGAUGACGGAACCAUCGUGGAGAAGAACGAAGACAAUCAACCAAUCGGACCAGACGGCCAAGUUCUGCCAACGGAUGAUUCUGGAAACUACAUCUACCCACACGUUGGUGCUGAUGGUCAAGUUCUUCCAACUGACGGAUCUGGCAAGCCAAUCUACCCAGUUGUGAGCCCAGACGGAACUGAACUUCCAACUGACUCAUCUGGAGCAUACAUCGGACCAGACGGACGACCAAUUCCAACAGAUUCGAGCGGCAAGCCAAUCAGCGAAGACGGAUCUCCACUUCCAACUGACUCAAAGGGCAACUACGUUCUCGUUCCAGCUGGAGAAGAAGGAGUCACCAAAGUGCUUCCAACUGAUGAAUCUGGAAAUGUCAUCUACCCAAUCACCAAGCCCGACGGAUCCCCACUCGCCACUGACUCGUCUGGAAACUUCAUCACUGAUGACGGAACCAUCGUGGAGAAGAACGAAGACAAUCAACCAAUCGGACCAGACGGCCAAGUUCUGCCAACGGAUGAUUCUGGAAACUACAUCUACCCACACGUUGGUGCUGAUGGUCAAGUUCUUCCAACUGACGGAUCUGGCAAGCCAAUCUACCCAGUUGUGAGCCCAGAUGGAACUGAACUUCCAACUGACUCAUCUGGAGCAUACAUCGGACCAGACGGACGACCAAUUCCAACAGAUUCGAGCGGCAAGCCAGUCAGCGAAGACGGAUCUCCGCUUCCAACUGACUCAAAGGGCAACUACGUUCUCGUUCCAGCUGGAGAAGAAGGAGUCACCAAGGUGCUUCCAACUGAUGAAUCUGGAAAUGUCAUCUACCCAAUCACCAAGCCCGACGGAUCCCCACUCGCCACUGACUCGUCUGGAAACUUCAUCACUGAUGACGGAACCAUCGUGGAGAAGAACGAAGACAAUCAACCAAUCGGACCAGACGGCCAAGUUCUGCCAACGGAUGAUUCUGGAAACUACAUCUACCCACACGUUGGUGCUGAUGGUCAAGUUCUUCCAACUGACGGAUCUGGCAAGCCAAUCUACCCAGUUGUGAGCCCAGACGGAACUGAACUUCCAACUGACUCAUCUGGAGCAUACAUCGGACCAGACGGACGACCAAUUCCAACAGAUUCGAGCGGCAAGCCAAUCAGCGAAGACGGAUCUCCACUUCCAACUGACUCAAAGGGCAACUACGUUCUCGUUCCAGCUGGAGAAGAAGGAGUCACCAAAGUGCUUCCAACUGAUGAAUCUGGAAAUGUCAUCUACCCAAUCACCAAGCCCGACGGAUCCCCACUCGCCACUGACUCGUCUGGAAACUUCAUCACUGAUGACGGAACCAUCGUGGAGAAGAACGAAGACAAUCAACCAAUCGGACCAGACGGCCAAGUUCUUCCAACGGAUGAUUCUGGAAACUACAUCUACCCACACGUUGGUGCUGAUGGUCAAGUUCUUCCAACUGACGGAUCUGGCAAGCCAAUCUACCCAGUUGUGAGCCCAGAUGGAACUGAACUUCCAACUGACUCAUCUGGAGCAUACAUCGGACCAGACGGACGACCAAUUCCAACAGAUUCGAGCGGCAAGCCAGUCAGCGAAGACGGAUCUCCGCUUCCAACUGACUCAAAGGGCAACUACGUUCUCGUUCCAGCUGGAGAAGAAGGAGUCACCAAGGUGCUUCCAACUGAUGAAUCUGGAAAUGUCAUCUACCCAAUCACCAAGCCCGACGGAUCCCCACUCGCCACUGACUCGUCUGGAAACUUCAUCACUGAUGACGGAACCAUCGUGGAGAAGAACGAAGACAAUCAACCAAUCGGACCAGACGGCCAAGUUCUGCCAACGGAUGAUUCUGGAAACUACAUCUACCCACACGUUGGUGCUGAUGGUCAAGUUCUUCCAACUGACGGAUCUGGCAAGCCAAUCUACCCAGUUGUGAGCCCAGACGGAACUGAACUUCCAACUGACUCAUCUGGAGCAUACAUCGGACCAGACGGACGACCAAUUCCAACAGAUUCGAGCGGCAAGCCAAUCAGCGAAGACGGAUCUCCACUUCCAACUGACUCAAAGGGCAACUACGUUCUCGUUCCAGCUGGAGAAGAAGGAGUCACCAAAGUGCUUCCAACUGAUGAAUCUGGAAAUGUCAUCUACCCAAUCACCAAGCCCGACGGAUCCCCACUCGCCACUGACUCGUCUGGAAACUUCAUCACUGAUGACGGAACCAUCGUGGAGAAGAACGAAGACAAUCAACCAAUCGGACCAGACGGCCAAGUUCUGCCAACGGAUGAUUCUGGAAACUACAUCUACCCACACGUUGGUGCUGAUGGUCAAGUUCUUCCAACUGACGGAUCUGGCAAGCCAAUCUACCCAGUUGUGAGCCCAGACGGAACUGAACUUCCAACUGACUCAUCUGGAGCAUACAUCGGACCAGACGGACGACCAAUUCCAACAGAUUCGAGCGGCAAGCCAAUCAGCGAAGACGGAUCUCCACUUCCAACUGACUCAAAGGGCAACUACGUUCUCGUUCCAGCUGGAGAAGAAGGAGUCACCAAAGUGCUUCCAACUGAUGAAUCUGGAAAUGUCAUCUACCCAAUCACCAAGCCCGACGGAUCCCCACUCGCCACUGACUCGUCUGGAAACUUCAUCACUGAUGACGGAACCAUCGUGGAGAAGAACGAAGACAAUCAACCAAUCGGACCAGACGGCCAAGUUCUGCCAACGGAUGAUUCUGGAAACUACAUCUACCCACACGUUGGUGCUGAUGGUCAAGUUCUUCCAACUGACGGAUCUGGCAAGCCAAUCUACCCAGUUGUGAGCCCAGAUGGAACUGAACUUCCAACUGACUCAUCUGGAGCAUACAUCGGACCAGACGGACGACCAAUUCCAACAGAUUCGAGCGGCAAGCCAGUCAGCGAAGACGGAUCUCCGCUUCCAACUGACUCAAAGGGCAACUACGUUCUCGUUCCAGCUGGAGAAGAAGGAGUCACCAAGGUGCUUCCAACUGAUGAAUCUGGAAAUGUCAUCUACCCAAUCACCAAGCCCGACGGAUCCCCACUCGCCACUGACUCGUCUGGAAACUUCAUCACUGAUGACGGAACCAUCGUGGAGAAGAACGAAGACAAUCAAUCAAUCGGACCAGACGGCCAAGUUCUGCCAACUGAUGCUUCUGGAAACUACAUCUAUCCAGAAACAAGCGUAAAUGUUUCACCAAAAUGUAGUUUAUCAUCAUCAUUGGUCGAUACUAUUUUCGUUUUUGUCAACUCGGAAAACACCGAAUCUGAUUUUGACAAAUUCAAACAAUUGGUUGUCGAGUAUACACGCGUCAUCGAUAUGUCCCCUGAUGUACACCGCAUCGCCGUAUUAGCAGUUGCUGAUUUUGUGUCAGUACCGCUUUCGUUGGGUGGCUAUCAAGAACGAGAACAUUUAUCAGCAAUUUUGAAAUCAUACCAGCUGCCAGUCGCACAAUCUAGCGAUAUGGUGUCGUAUGUGGAAGCGGCCAAUCAACAGUUUAACUCAUUUCCAAGAGUUUCGGCUGGUAAAGUUGUUAUUGUUAUUAAGCCUAUUGCUGAAGAAAACAAGAUAAUCAGAGGAAUUCUUUACGUGACAUCAAAGGUCUCGUCACCCUUAUCCGUCAUCCGGACGAAGAUCGAAAAAGAAUGCGAGCGUGGAAGAUAUGUUUUACCUCCAGAUCAAACCAAACUCGCACUUCAAGACAUUCCAGCGACGCAAGCCUCUUCGAUACCAGUCAUAUUGGACCAAAGUGGAAAGCCAUUACCCACAGAUUCAUCAGGAAACUACUUGGACAAUAACGGAAAUAUUAUCGAAAUUGAAGGAAAUGAACCGAAGUUCCCACAAGGAGCAGAUAAAAAGCAAAAUGAAAAAGGUGAAUGGAUAUACCCAUUGGUCGACGCACUUGGAAGACCAUUGACAACCGAUGAGAAUGAUAAACCAAUAAUCACCGUGAUAGACAACAAAGGAAAUGAAUUCAAACAAAACGAAGAUGGAAAUUGGAUUAACUUAUCCGGAAACAACGUUGACACUGAUGAACUUGGAAGACCGCUAGAUAAAAACGGGCAGCCAUACAAGGUAGACGAAUCUGGAAAAUUUGUGGUAGCAGAUAAAGAUGGAGCUGACGAGGAAGAAUCAGAAGAAUCCGAACAGCCCAUAAUUCCACUGGUAACAAUUGAUGGUGACCCGAUUAUUGAAGAAGAUGGUCUUUUCAAAGAUUCCGAAGGGAAUAUUUAUCCGACUAAUAAACAGGGGCAACCAAUCGACGAGAAAGGACAACCGUUGCCAAAAAACAAGGAAGGACAGUUCAUCAAACCAAAAACGCUGCAGCCAACAACAGCUACUAUUGUGUCACCUGAUGGCUCACCUAUGCCAACAGACAACGCUGGAUCAAUAAUAGGGCCCGAUGGAAAAGUGAUUGCGACCGAUUCUUCCGGACACCCGCUGAAGGAAGAUGGAACACCACUUGCAACUGAUAACUUGGGUAGAUAUGUUGUCGAACCUCAUGUGCCUGAAACGGCUACUGCAUUACCAACAGAUGAAUCUGGAAAUGUCAUCUACCCAAUCACCAAGCCCGACGGAUCUCCACUCGCCACUGACUCCUCUGGAAACUUCAUCACUGAUGACGGAACCAUCGUGGAGAAGAACGAAGACAAUCAACCAAUCGGACCAGACGGCCAAGUUCUGCCAACGGAUGCUUCUGGAAACUACAUCUACCCACAUGUUGGUGCUGAUGGUCAAGUUCUUCCAACUGACGGAUCUGGCAAGCCAAUCUACCCAGUUGUGAGCCCAGACGGAACUGAACUUCCAACUGACUCAUCUGGAGCCUACAUCGGACCAGACGGACGACCAAUUCCAACAGAUUCGAGCGGCAAGCCAAUCAGCGAAGACGGAUCUCCACUUCCAACUGACUCAAAGGGCAACUACGUUCUCGUUCCAGCUGGAGAAGAAGGAGUCACCAAAGUGCUUCCAACUGAUGAAUCUGGAAAUGUCAUCUACCCAAUCACCAAGCCCGAUGGAUCCCCACUCGCCACUGACUCCUCUGGAAACUUCAUCACUGAUGACGGAACCAUCGUGGAGAAGAACGAAGACAAUCAACCAAUCGGACCAGACGGCCAAGUUCUGCCAACGGAUGCUUCUGGAAACUACAUCUACCCACAUGUUGGUGCUGAUGGUCAAGUUCUUCCAACUGACGGAUCUGGCAAGCCAAUCUACCCAGUUGUGAGCCCAGACGGAACUGAACUUCCAACUGACUCAUCUGGAGCAUACAUCGGACCAGACGGACGACCAAUUCCAACAGAUUCGAGCGGCAAGCCAAUCAGCGAAGACGGAUCUCCACUUCCAACUGACUCAAAGGGCAACUACGUUCUCGUUCCAGCUGAAGAAGAAGGAGUCACCAAAGUGCUUCCAACUGAUGAAUCUGGAAAUGUCAUCUACCCAAUCACCAAGCCAGACGGAUCCCCACUCGCCACUGACUCCUCUGGAAUCUUCAUCACUGAUGACGGAACCAUCGUGGAGAAGAACGAAGACAAUCAACCAAUCGGACCAGACGGCCAAGUUCUGCCAACGGAUGCUUCUGGAAACUACAUCUACCCACAUGUUGGUGCUGAUGGUCAAGUUCUUCCAACUGACGGAUCUGGCAAGCCAAUCUACCCAGUUGUGAGCCCAGACGGAACUGAACUUCCAACUGACUCAUCUGGAGCAUACAUCGGACCAGACGGACGACCAAUUCCGACAGAUUCGAGCGGCAAGCCAAUCAGCGAAGAUGGAUCUCCACUUCCAACUGACUCAAAGGGCAACUACGUUCUCGUUCCAGCUGGAGAAGAAGGAGUCACCAAAGUGCUUCCAACUGAUGAAUCUGGAAAUGUCAUCUACCCAAUCACCAAGCCAGACGGAUCCCCACUCGCCACUGACUCCUCUGGAAACUUCAUCACUGAUGACGGAACCAUCGUGGAGAAGAACGAAGACAAUCAACCAAUCGGACCAGACGGCCAAGUUCUGCCAACGGAUGCUUCUGGAAACUACAUCUACCCACAUGUUGGUGCUGACGGUCAAGUUCUUCCAACUGACGGAUCUGGCAAGCCAAUCUACCCAGUUGUGAGCCCAGACGGAACUGAACUUCCAACUGACUCAUCUGGAGCCUACAUCGGACCAGACGGACGACCAAUUCCAACAGAUUCGAGCGGCAAGCCAAUCAGCGAAGACGGAUCUCCACUUCCAACUGACUCAAAGGGCAACUACGUUCUCGUUCCAGCUGGAGAAGAAGGAGUCACCAAAGUGCUUCCAACUGAUGAAUCUGGAAAUGUCAUCUACCCAAUCACCAAGCCCGACGGAUCCCCACUCGCCACUGACUCCUCUGGAUACUUCAUCACUGAUGACGGAACCAUCGUGGAGAAGAACGAAGACAAUCAACCAAUCGGACCAGACGGCCAAGUUCUGCCAACGGAUGCUUCUGGAAACUACAUCUACCCACAUGUUGGUGCUGAUGGUCAAGUUCUUCCAACUGACGGAUCUGGCAAGCCAAUCUACCCAGUUGUGAGCCCAGACGGAACUGAACUUCCAACUGACUCAUCUGGAGCAUACAUCGGACCAGACGGACGACCAAUUCCGACAGAUUCGAGCGGCAAGCCAAUCAGCGAAGACGGAUCUCCACUUCCAACUGACUCAAAGGGCAACUACGUUCUCGUUCCAGCUGGAGAAGAAGGAGUCACCAAAGUGCUUCCAACUGAUGAAUCUGGAAAUGUCAUCUACCCAAUCACCAAGCCAGACGGAUCCCCACUCGCCACUGACUCCUCUGGAAACUUCAUCACUGAUGACGGAACCAUCGUGGAGAAGAACGAAGACAAUCAACCAAUCGGACCAGACGGCCAAGUUCUGCCAACGGAUGCUUCUGGAAACUACAUCUACCCACAUGUUGGUGCUGACGGUCAAGUUCUUCCAACUGACGGAUCUGGCAAGCCAAUCUACCCAGUUGUGAGCCCAGACGGAACUGAACUUCCAACUGACUCAUCUGGAGCCUACAUCGGACCAGACGGACGACCAAUUCCAACAGAUUCGAGCGGCAAGCCAAUCAGCGAAGACGGAUCUCCACUUCCAACUGACUCAAAGGGCAACUACGUUCUCGUUCCAGCUGGAGAAGAAGGAGUCACCAAAGUGCUUCCAACUGAUGAAUCUGGAAAUGUCAUCUACCCAAUCACCAAGCCCGACGGAUCCCCACUCGCCACUGACUCCUCUGGAAACUUCAUCACUGAUGACGGAACCAUCGUGGAGAAGAACGAAGACAAUCAACCAAUCGGACCAGACGGCCAAGUUCUGCCAACGGAUGCUUCUGGAAACUACAUCUACCCACAUGUUGGUGCUGAUGGUCAAGUUCUUCCAACUGACGGAUCUGGCAAGCCAAUCUACCCAGUUGUGAGCCCAGACGGAACUGAACUUCCAACUGACUCAUCUGGAGCAUACAUCGGACCAGACGGACGACCAAUUCCGACAGAUUCGAGCGGCAAGCCAAUCAGCGAAGACGGAUCUCCACUUCCAACUGACUCAAAGGGCAACUACGUUCUCGUUCCAGCUGGAGAAGAAGGAGUCACCAAAGUGCUUCCAACUGAUGAAUCUGGAAAUGUCAUCUACCCAAUCACCAAGCCCGACGGAUCCCCACUCGCCACUGACUCCUCUGGAAACUUCAUCACUGAUGACGGAACCAUCGUGGAGAAGAACGAAGACAAUCAACCAAUCGGACCAGACGGCCAAGUUCUGCCAACGGAUGCUUCUGGAAACUACAUCUACCCACAUGUUGGUGCUGAUGGUCAAGUUCUUCCAACUGACGGAUCUGGCAAGCCAAUCUACCCAGUUGUGAGCCCAGACGGAACUGAACUUCCAACUGACUCAUCUGGAGCAUACAUCGGACCAGACGGACGACCAAUUCCGACAGAUUCGAGCGGCAAGCCAAUCAGCGAAGAUGGAUCUCCACUUCCAACUGACUCAAAGGGCAACUACGUUCUCGUUCCAGCUGGAGAAGAAGGAGUCACCAAAGUGCUUCCAACUGAUGAAUCUGGAAAUGUCAUCUACCCAAUCACCAAGCCAGACGGAUCCCCACUCGCCACUGACUCCUCUGGAAACUUCAUCACUGAUGACGGAACCAUCGUGGAGAAGAACGAAGACAAUCAACCAAUCGGACCAGACGGCCAAGUUCUGCCAACGGAUGCUUCUGGAAACUACAUCUACCCACAUGUUGGUGCUGACGGUCAAGUUCUUCCAACUGACGGAUCUGGCAAGCCAAUCUACCCAGUUGUGAGCCCAGACGGAACUGAACUUCCAACUGACUCAUCUGGAGCCUACAUCGGACCAGACGGACGACCAAUUCCAACAGAUUCGAGCGGCAAGCCAAUCAGCGAAGACGGAUCUCCACUUCCAACUGACUCAAAGGGCAACUACGUUCUCGUUCCAGCUGGAGAAGAAGGAGUCACCAAAGUGCUUCCAACUGAUGAAUCUGGAAAUGUCAUCUACCCAAUCACCAAGCCCGACGGAUCCCCACUCGCCACUGACUCCUCUGGAAACUUCAUCACUGAUGACGGAACCAUCGUGGAGAAGAACGAAGACAAUCAACCAAUCGGACCAGACGGCCAAGUUCUGCCAACGGAUGCUUCUGGAAACUACAUCUACCCACAUGUUGGUGCUGAUGGUCAAGUUCUUCCAACUGACGGAUCUGGCAAGCCAAUCUACCCAGUUGUGAGCCCAGACGGAACUGAACUUCCAACUGACUCAUCUGGAGCAUACAUCGGACCAGACGGACGACCAAUUCCGACAGAUUCGAGCGGCAAGCCAAUCAGCGAAGACGGAUCUCCACUUCCAACUGACUCAAAGGGCAACUACGUUCUCGUUCCAGCUGGAGAAGAAGGAGUCACCAAACCAGACGGAUCCCCACUCGCCACUGACUCCUCUGGAAACUUCAUCACUGAUGACGGAACCAUCGUGGAGAAGAACGAAGACAAUCAACCAAUCGGACCAGACGGCCAAGUUCUGCCAACGGAUGCUUCUGGAAACUACAUCUACCCACAUGUUGGUGCUGACGGUCAAGUUCUUCCAACUGACGGAUCUGGCAAGCCAAUCUACCCAGUUGUGAGCCCAGACGGAACUGAACUUCCAACUGACUCAUCUGGAGCCUACAUCGGACCAGACGGACGACCAAUUCCAACAGAUUCGAGCGGCAAGCCAAUCAGCGAAGACGGAUCUCCACUUCCAACUGACUCAAAGGGCAACUACGUUCUCGUUCCAGCUGGAGAAGAAGGAGUCACCAAAGUGCUUCCAACUGAUGAAUCUGGAAAUGUCAUCUACCCAAUCACCAAGCCCGACGGAUCCCCACUCGCCACUGACUCCUCUGGAAACUUCAUCACUGAUGACGGAACCAUCGUGGAGAAGAACGAAGACAAUCAACCAAUCGGACCAGACGGCCAAGUUCUGCCAACGGAUGCUUCUGGAAACUACAUCUACCCACAUGUUGGUGCUGAUGGUCAAGUUCUUCCAACUGACGGAUCUGGCAAGCCAAUCUACCCAGUUGUGAGCCCAGACGGAACUGAACUUCCAACUGACUCAUCUGGAGCAUACAUCGGACCAGACGGACGACCAAUUCCGACAGAUUCGAGCGGCAAGCCAAUCAGCGAAGACGGAUCUCCACUUCCAACUGACUCAAAGGGCAACUACGUUCUCGUUCCAGCUGGAGAAGAAGGAGUCACCAAAGUGCUUCCAACUGAUGAAUCUGGAAAUGUCAUCUACCCAAUCACCAAGCCCGACGGAUCCCCACUCGCCACUGACUCCUCUGGAAACUUCAUCACUGAUGACGGAACCAUCGUGGAGAAGAACGAAGACAAUCAACCAAUCGGACCAGACGGCCAAGUUCUGCCAACGGAUGCUUCUGGAAACUACAUCUACCCACAUGUUGGUGCUGAUGGUCAAGUUCUUCCAACUGACGGAUCUGGCAAGCCAAUCUACCCAGUUGUGAGCCCAGACGGAACUGAACUUCCAACUGACUCAUCUGGAGCAUACAUCGGACCAGACGGACGACCAAUUCCGACAGAUUCGAGCGGCAAGCCAAUCAGCGAAGACGGAUCUCCACUUCCAACUGACUCAAAGGGCAACUACGUUCUCGUUCCAGCUGGAGAAGAAGGAGUCACCAAAGUGCUUCCAACUGAUGAAUCUGGAAAUGUCAUCUACCCAAUCACCAAGCCAGACGGAUCCCCACUCGCCACUGACUCCUCUGGAAACUUCAUCACUGAUGACGGAACCAUCGUGGAGAAGAACGAAGACAAUCAACCAAUCGGACCAGACGGCCAAGUUCUGCCAACGGAUGCUUCUGGAAACUACAUCUACCCACAUGUUGGUGCUGAUGGUCAAGUUCUUCCAACUGACGGAUCUGGCAAGCCAAUCUACCCAGUUGUGAGCCCAGACGGAACUGAACUUCCAACUGACUCAUCUGGAGCCUACAUCGGACCAGACGGACGACCAAUUCCAACAGAUUCGAGCGGCAAGCCAAUCAGCGAAGACGGAUCUCCACUUCCAACUGACUCAAAGGGCAACUACGUUCUCGUUCCAGCUGGAGAAGAAGGAGUCACCAAAGUGCUUCCAACUGAUGAAUCUGGAAAUGUCAUCUACCCAAUCACCAAGCCAGACGGAUCCCCACUCGCCACUGACUCCUCUGGAAACUUCAUCACUGAUGACGGAACCAUCGUGGAGAAGAACGAAGACAAUCAACCAAUCGGACCAGACGGCCAAGUUCUGCCAACGGAUGCUUCUGGAAACUACAUCUACCCACAUGUUGGUGCUGAUGGUCAAGUUCUUCCAACUGACGGAUCUGGCAAGCCAAUCUACCCAGUUGUGAGCCCAGACGGAACUGAACUUCCAACUGACUCAUCUGGAGCAUACAUCGGACCAGACGGACGACCAAUUCCGACAGAUUCGAGCGGCAAGCCAAUCAGCGAAGACGGAUCUCCACUUCCAACUGACUCAAAGGGCAACUACGUUCUCGUUCCAGCUGGAGAAGAAGGAGUCACCAAAGUGCUUCCAACUGAUGAAUCUGGAAAUGUCAUCUACCCAAUCACCAAGCCCGACGGAUCCCCACUCGCCACUGACUCCUCUGGAAACUUCAUCACUGAUGACGGAACCAUCGUGGAGAAGAACGAAGACAAUCAACCAAUCGGACCAGACGGCCAAGUUCUGCCAACGGAUGCUUCUGGAAACUACAUCUACCCACAUGUUGGUGCUGAUGGUCAAGUUCUUCCAACUGACGGAUCUGGCAAGCCAAUCUACCCAGUUGUGAGCCCAGACGGAACUGAACUUCCAACUGACUCAUCUGGAGCAUACAUCGGACCAGACGGACGACCAAUUCCGACAGAUUCGAGCGGCAAGCCAAUCAGCGAAGACGGAUCUCCACUUCCAACUGACUCAAAGGGCAACUACGUUCUCGUUCCAGCUGGAGAAGAAGGAGUCACCAAAGUGCUUCCAACUGAUGAAUCUGGAAAUGUCAUCUACCCAAUCACCAAGCCAGACGGAUCCCCACUCGCCACUGACUCCUCUGGAAACUUCAUCACUGAUGACGGAACCAUCGUGGAGAAGAACGAAGACAAUCAACCAAUCGGACCAGACGGCCAAGUUCUGCCAACGGAUGCUUCUGGAAACUACAUCUACCCACAUGUUGGUGCUGAUGGUCAAGUUCUUCCAACUGACGGAUCUGGCAAGCCAAUCUACCCAGUUGUGAGCCCAGACGGAACUGAACUUCCAACUGACUCAUCUGGAGCCUACAUCGGACCAGACGGACGACCAAUUCCAACAGAUUCGAGCGGCAAGCCAAUCAGCGAAGACGGAUCUCCACUUCCAACUGACUCAAAGGGCAACUACGUUCUCGUUCCAGCUGGAGAAGAAGGAGUCACCAAAGUGCUUCCAACUGAUGAAUCUGGAAAUGUCAUCUACCCAAUCACCAAGCCCGACGGAUCCCCACUCGCCACUGACUCCUCUGGAAACUUCAUCACUGAUGACGGAACCAUCGUGGAGAAGAACGAAGACAAUCAACCAAUCGGACCAGACGGCCAAGUUCUGCCAACGGAUGCUUCUGGAAACUACAUCUACCCACAUGUUGGUGCUGAUGGUCAAGUUCUUCCAACUGACGGAUCUGGCAAGCCAAUCUACCCAGUUGUGAGCCCAGACGGAACUGAACUUCCAACUGACUCAUCUGGAGCAUACAUCGGACCAGACGGACGACCAAUUCCGACAGAUUCGAGCGGCAAGCCAAUCAGCGAAGACGGAUCUCCACUUCCAACUGACUCAAAGGGCAACUACGUUCUCGUUCCAGCUGGAGAAGAAGGAGUCACCAAAGUGCUUCCAACUGAUGAAUCUGGAAAUGUCAUCUACCCAAUCACCAAGCCCGACGGAUCCCCACUCGCCACUGACUCCUCUGGAAACUUCAUCACUGAUGACGGAACCAUCGUGGAGAAGAACGAAGACAAUCAACCAAUCGGACCAGACGGCCAAGUUCUGCCAACGGAUGCUUCUGGAAACUACAUCUACCCACAUGUUGGUGCUGACGGUCAAGUUCUUCCAACUGACGGAUCUGGCAAGCCAAUCUACCCAGUUGUGAGCCCAGACGGAACUGAACUUCCAACUGACUCAUCUGGAGCAUACAUCGGACCAGACGGACGACCAAUUCCGACAGAUUCGAGCGGCAAGCCAAUCAGCGAAGAUGGAUCUCCACUUCCAACUGACUCAAAGGGCAACUACGUUCUCGUUCCAGCUGGAGAAGAAGGAGUCACCAAAGUGCUUCCAACUGAUGAAUCUGGAAAUGUCAUCUACCCAAUCACCAAGCCCGACGGAUCCCCACUCGCCACUGACUCCUCUGGAAACUUCAUCACUGAUGACGGAACCAUCGUGGAGAAGAACGAAGACAAUCAACCAAUCGGACCAGACGGCCAAGUUCUGCCAACGGAUGCUUCUGGAAACUACAUCUACCCACAUGUUGGUGCUGACGGUCAAGUUCUUCCAACUGACGGAUCUGGCAAGCCAAUCUACCCAGUUGUGAGCCCAGACGGAACUGAACUUCCAACUGACUCAUCUGGAGCCUACAUCGGACCAGACGGACGACCAAUUCCAACAGAUUCGAGCGGCAAGCCAAUCAGCGAAGACGGAUCUCCGCUUCCAACUGACUCAAAAGGCAACUACGUUCUCGUUCCAGCUGGAGAAGAAGGAGUCACCAAAGUGCUUCCAACUGAUGAAUCUGGAAAUGUCAUCUACCCAAUCACCAAGCCAGACGGAUCCCCACUCGCCACUGACUCCUCUGGAAACUUCAUCACUGAUGACGGAACCAUCGUGGAGAAGAACGAAGACAAUCAACCAAUCGGACCAGACGGCCAAGUUCUGCCAACGGAUGCUUCUGGAAACUACAUCUACCCACAUGUUGGUGCUGAUGGUCAAGUUCUUCCAACUGACGGAUCUGGCAAGCCAAUCUACCCAGUUGUGAGCCCAGACGGAACUGAACUUCCAACUGACUCAUCUGGAGCAUACAUCGGACCAGACGGACGACCAAUUCCGACAGAUUCGAGCGGCAAGCCAAUCAGCGAAGAUGGAUCUCCACUUCCAACUGACUCAAAGGGCAACUACGUUCUCGUUCCAGCUGGAGAAGAAGGAGUCACCAAAGUGCUUCCAACUGAUGAAUCUGGAAAUGUCAUCUACCCAAUCACCAAGCCAGACGGAUCCCCACUCGCCACUGACUCCUCUGGAAACUUCAUCACUGAUGACGGAACCAUCGUGGAGAAGAACGAAGACAAUCAACCAAUCGGACCAGACGGCCAAGUUCUGCCAACGGAUGCUUCUGGAAACUACAUCUACCCACAUGUUGGUGCUGAUGGUCAAGUUCUUCCAACUGACGGAUCUGGCAAGCCAAUCUACCCAGUUGUGAGCCCAGACGGAACUGAACUUCCAACUGACUCAUCUGGAGCAUACAUCGGACCAGACGGACGACCAAUUCCGACAGAUUCGAGCGGCAAGCCAAUCAGCGAAGACGGAUCUCCGCUUCCAACUGACUCAAAAGGCAACUACGUUCUCGUUCCAGCUGGAGAAGAAGGAGCCACCAAAGUGCUUCCAACUGAUGAAUCUGGAAAUGUCAUCUACCCAAUCACCAAGCCCGACGGAUCCCCACUCGCCACUGACUCCUCUGGAAACUUCAUCACUGAUGACGGAACCAUCGUGGAGAAGAACGAAGACAAUCAACCAAUCGGACCAGACGGGCAAGUUCUGCCAACGGAUGCUUCUGGAAACUACAUCUACCCACAUGUUGGUGCUGAUGGUCAAGUUCUUCCAACUGACGGAUCUGGCAAGCCAAUCUACCCAGUUGUGAGCCCAGACGGAACUGAACUUCCAACUGACUCAUCUGGAGCAUACAUCGGACCAGACGGACGACCAAUUCCGACAGAUUCGAGCGGCAAGCCAAUCAGCGAAGACGGAUCUCCGCUUCCAACUGACUCAAAAGGCAACUACGUUCUCGUUCCUGCUGGAGAAGAAGGAGUCACCAAAGUGCUUCCAACUGAUGAAUCUGGAAAUGUCAUCUACCCAAUCACCAAGCCCGACGGAUCCCCACUCGCCACUGACUCCUCUGGAAACUUCCUCACUGAUGACGGAACCAUCGUGGAGAAGAACGAAGACAAUCAACCAAUCGGACCAGACGGCCAAGUUCUGCCAACGGAUGCUUCUGGAAACUACAUCUACCCACAUGUUGGUGCUGAUGGUCAAGUUCUUCCAACUGACGGAUCUGGCAAGCCAAUCUACCCAGUUGUGAGCCCAGACGGAACUGAACUUCCAACUGACUCAUCUGGAGCAUACAUCGGACCAGACGGACGACCAAUUCCGACAGAUUCGAGCGGCAAGCCAAUCAGCGAAGACGGAUCUCCGCUUCCAACUGACUCAAAAGGCAACUACGUUCUCGUUCCAGCUGGAGAAGAAGGAGUCACCAAAGUGCUUCCAACUGAUGAAUCUGGAAAUGUCAUCUACCCAAUCACCAAGCCAGACGGAUCCCCACUCGCCACUGACUCCUCUGGAAACUUCAUCACUGAUGACGGAACCAUCGUGGAGAAGAACGAAGACAAUCAACCAAUCGGACCAGACGGCCAAGUUCUGCCAACGGAUGCUUCUGGAAACUACAUCUACCCACAUGUUGGUGCUGAUGGUCAAGUUCUUCCAACUGACGGAUCUGGCAAGCCAAUCUACCCAGUUGUGAGCCCAGACGGAACUGAACUUCCAACUGACUCAUCUGGAGCAUACAUCGGACCAGACGGACGACCAAUUCCGACAGAUUCGAGCGGCAAGCCAAUCAGCGAAGAUGGAUCUCCACUUCCAACUGACUCAAAGGGCAACUACGUUCUCGUUCCAGCUGGAGAAGAAGGAGUCACCAAAGUGCUUCCAACUGAUGAAUCUGGAAAUGUCAUCUACCCAAUCACCAAGCCAGACGGAUCCCCACUCGCCACUGACUCCUCAGGAAACUUCAUCACUGAUGACGGAACCAUCGUGGAGAUGAACGAAGACAAUCAACCAAUCGGACCAGACGGCCAAGUUCUGCCAACGGAUGCUUCUGGAAACUACAUCUACCCACAUGUUGGUGCUGAUGGUCAAGUUCUUCCAACUGACGGAUCUGGCAAGCCAAUCUACCCAGUUGUGAGCCCAGACGGAACUGAACUUCCAACUGACUCAUCUGGAGCAUACAUCGGACCAGACGGACGACCUAUUCCAACAGAUUCGAGCGGCAAGCCAAUCAGCGAAGACGGAUCUCCACUUCCAACUGACUCAAAGGGCAACUACGUUCUCGUUCCAGCUGGAGAAGAAGGAGUCACCAAGGUGCUUCCAACUGAUGAAUCUGGAAAUAUCAUCUACCCAAUCACCAAGCCAGACGGAUCCCCACUCGCCACUGACUCCUCAGGAAACUUCAUCACUGAUGACGGAACCAUCGUGGAGAUGAACGAAGACAAUCAACCAAUCGGACCAGACGGCCAAGUUCUGCCAACGGAUGCUUCUGGAAACUACAUCUACCCACAUGUUGGUGCUGAUGGUCAAGUUCUUCCAACUGACGGAUCUGGCAAGCCAAUCUACCCAGUUGUGAGCCCAGACGGAACUGAACUUCCAACUGACUCAUCUGGAGCAUACAUCGGACCAGACGGACGACCUAUUCCAACAGAUUCGAGCGGCAAGCCAAUCAGCGAAGACGGAUCUCCACUUCCAACUGACUCAAAGGGCAACUACGUUCUCGUUCCAGCUGGAGAAGAAGGAGUCACCAAGGUGCUUCCAACUGAUGAAUCUGGAAAUGUCAUCUACCCAAUCACCAAGCCAGACGGAACCCCACUCGCCACUGACUCCUCUGGAAACUUCAUCACUGAUGACGGAACCAUCGUGGAGAAGAACGAAGACAAUCAACCAAUCGGACCAGACGGCCAAGUUCUGCCAACGGAUGCUUCUGGAAACUACAUCUACCCACAUGUUGGUGCUGAUGGUCAAGUUCUUCCAACUGACGGAUCUGGCAAGCCAAUCUACCCAGUUGUGAGCCCAGACGGAACUGAACUUCCAACUGACUCAUCUGGAGCAUACAUCGGACCAGACGGACGACCUAUUCCAACAGAUUCGAGCGGCAAGCCAAUCAGCGAAGACGGAUCUCCACUUCCAACUGACUCAAAGGGCAACUACGUUCUCGUUCCAGCUGGAGAAGAAGGAGUCACCAAGGUGCUUCCAACUGAUGAAUCUGGAAAUGUCAUCUACCCAAUCACCAAGCCAAACGGAACCCCACUCGCCACUGACUCCUCUGGAAACUUCAUCACUGAUGACGGAACCAUCGUGGAGAAGAACGAAGACAAUCAACCAAUCGGACCAGACGGCCAAGUUCUGCCAACGGAUGCUUCUGGAAACUACAUCUACCCACAUGUUGGUGCUGAUGGUCAAGUUCUUCCAACUGACGGAUCUGGCAAGCCAAUCUACCCAGUUGUGAGCCCAGACGGAACUGAACUUCCAACUGACUCAUCUGGAGCAUACAUCGGACCAGACGGACGACCUAUUCCAACAGAUUCGAGCGGCAAGCCAAUCAGCGAAGAGGGAUCUCCACUUCCAACUGACUCAAAGGGCAACUACGUUCUCGUUCCAGCGAUAGGUGAAAUUGGUAGAGUAUUGCCAACAGAUGAUACUGGAAUGGCAAUAUAUUCUAUAACGUUUGGUAACGGAACUGAAUUGCCUAAAAAUGCAAAUGGAGAUUACAUCGGCGUCGAUGGUUUACCAAUCGAAAGAUCUUCGGAUGGAAAACCAUUAAGUCCUGAUGGAGUUAUUUUGCCAACAUCUGGAUAUGGUCAUUACAUUUAUCCUAUUAUUGGCCCAGAUGGAUCUCCUAUUCCGUUUGAUGAGAACAACAAACCGAUUUAUAAGGUUAUUGGAAAAGAUGACGAAUUAUUGCCGACUGAUUCAAGUGGUCGAGCAAUCUCUGACGGUUCACCCAUUCCGACGGACAAAAACGGAUAUCCAGUGGACGCUUAUGGAAUCGUGCUACCUACGGAUUCUACAAGAAAGCUGCACACGCUCGUACCGACACGAAGACCAUCACAAUUCUGCUUUGUUAGAGCGCAUAUCGACCUUCUUCUUGUAAUUGAUACCUCAAACAACAUCAAGGUUCUUGACUAUCGAGUUAUGAAGGAAUUGAUCAAAACAUUCUUGACGGAUCAUUUUAAUUUGAAGAAACAUCAAGUUCGUGUCGGCCUUGUUAAAUACGGUGAUGGCGGAGAAAUUCCGAUCUCUCUUGGAGAUUACGACAAUGAAGAAGACUUGCUCCAUCGAAUAAGCGAGACAAGACGAAUGAAGGGACGUGCUCAACUUGGAGCUGGUCUAAGAGAAGCCCUUGACGAACUAGCAAUUUCCGGUGUCGAUGGUGUUCCACAAAUUGUACUCAUCGUCAAGAACGGAAAAGCAGUAGACGAUUUUGGAUCGCCAGCAAGCUCGCUGAAAUCAGAACGCAAUGCAACCCUUUUCGUGAUUGAUUCAGGAGAUGAAGAAAGUCAAGCUCAAAACGCAGUUAUAACCGAUGAGGAUAAAAUAAUUCGCGUUCCGCAAUGGAGGGGAGCCGACUCUGAAAUACUCGGCCCGCUUGCUGACUACAUUUGCAAAAGCUUUUCAAAUGUGGAAACGUCACAAACGUGGCCAUCGCCGAGACAAAAAGCAACAACCCCAAGCGGUGUUGGUCGCUUGUGCUCAUCUGUUGACUUUGAAUCCGAUGUUAUUAUAAUCCUCGAUUCCUCCGAAAACUUUUCCCCAGAUGAGUUCACAUAUAUGAAGGACGCUGUCGCAAGUUUCGUCGAUACCGGAUUCGAUUUGUCUCCCGAUGUCGCGAGGAUUGGAUUCGUAAUUUACAGUGAUAAGGUGGCAGUGCCAGUGGCCUUAGGGCAUUAUGACGAUAAGGUCGAACUCAUGGAGAAGAUUGUUGAAGCCGAAAAAAUUAAUGAUGGAGUUUCAAUUGCUCUAUAUGGACUGAAUGCUGCUCGACAACAAUUCCAACUUCAUGGUCGCGAAAACGCAACGAAAAUGGUUAUAAUAAUUACAAACGGAAAGAAUAGAGGAAAUGCUGCUGCGGCUGCCGAAGAUUUGCGAGAAAUGUACGGUGUACAAAUUUACGCAAUUGCUGUCGGCUCGAACGCUGAUGAGUUGGCAACGAUACGACGACUCACUGGAAUUUCCAAUUCUGAGCGCGUUUUUGGAGUGGAACAAGCUUCCGAGAUUGACGAUCAACUUCCAAGCAUUACUAGAACACUGUGCGGAUUCGGAUCGCCAAAACAAACAACACUUCCAGCACACUUCACCACAAAGCGUGAUGUCGACGGUGCCAAGAAAUUCACAACAGCACCAAUUACUCGAACGACCAGAGCUGUCUCUGGAGGUCUCUGCAAUGACGGAAUUAGAAGGCCGUAUCAAUUCAACAUCUUGAUUGAUGUGACCUCACGAUCAUCACCAGAAGAAUUCCGUAGAGUUCUCAGCCACAUGGAAAACUUCUUCAAAAACCGGCUACGUGAUGAACAUAGCAUGAUUGCAAUUAAUUUAAUGACAAUCAACAGCGACAAAAUUGAAUACGUAAAUAACGAUGUUACCGUGGAGGGACUUUCCGAAGUUCUCAAUGAAAUUUCACAGAAAAGCGAUGAUUCGAUGUCCCCAAAACUUGGUUUGGGAAUUGAUAAUUUGGUUGAAUUGUCCAAUGAGAACUACAUCAAUGGAGCGAUUAAACUAAUGCUUAUUGUGAGCAGCGACGGAACAUCUAGUGACGAAGCUCUUCCAUCAGCAGAAUACGCCAAUGGCGAUUUCCAACACAACAUCAUCACAAUUUCGGUCAGAAAACCAGCGACUGAUUUGCUUUCGAAGAUCGCAGGCUUGGCUACAAGAGUUAUUCAUCUUGAUGAAUGGACCGCUCCAAACGAGCUGUUCGACAGCUGGUUAGCAUAUAUCACGUGCGACUAUUCAACGGCAACAACGACUAGAAAAACGACAACGCCAAGACUUACAACAAGACCAUAUGGUAAUGAUGCUUCCAAAGAAGACGCCACCAAUAUUGAGCUUAUCCCACUAUCACCCAGCUCGUUAUCUGUCUCAUGGACAUGUUGCACAAACAGCAAAUCGAACUACACGAUUCUCUACACACACGAUUUGUCGAUUCCGAAGAAGAAUUGGCUCAAGAAAAAUGCAACGUGUCGUGACAGCUUUGGAACGCAUGUCGAGAAUCUACCAACCGAUCACACAUACACAGUCUGUGUUAUGACUGCAGAAAGAAUCUUCAACGACACAGCAUUGGAAGUCGAUAACAAUUGCGAUACGUUAUAUUUAAACAAGAACACUACGGCCCCAGAAGGAUACGUCAAACCGACACCAUCCAGCUGCAAUUGCCAGUGUUCUGAAGGAAGGGCGAUUUUGCGAGCCUCAUGCGAUCUUGUGAUCGACACGAAUCGACCAAUCGCCACCCUUCCGCCAGCAACAACUGAAGAAUGCCCAUGCAAAGUUAAAUCGCAUGGAGGACGUUGUCCGAAGGGUUACAUUGCUAAAGACGGGCAAUGUUACGACAUUGAUGAGUGCGCGACCGACAACGGAAAAUGCUCCGAGGGAUGUGUGAACACGCCGGGAUCCUACUACUGUGCGUGUCCCCAUGGAAUGAUGAGAGACCCACUGGAUCCGUUCAACUGCGUCAACACAGCCAAUUCAUUUGACAAGAUCGCACAAUUAUUAGCAAAUUACUUGGAAGCCAACACCGAUAAGAACAAUGCCCAAGUAUCGUCUACAAAUAAUGGAGGAAAAACCAAUUAUAAAGCAACCAUAAAAUCUUCCGACGACAAGACCAUUACAUUCGAAUGGUCUCACGUACCAGAUGUUGUGCGAAAAGCCUUCAAAUGGCUCUUCUAA